AUGAGUAGUCCUCGCCGACGCAUCGAGACGGAUGUGAUGAAGUAUGCCCGCUUCCUCCAAAGUCUCAGUCUGCCCUUAUUACUAACAGUCGUGCUUAUGAGUGACUAUGAGGUUACCUUGGUCAACGACAACAGUACUGGCCCAGCCUAUCUGCGUUGGCAAGAGUUCUACGUUCGGUUUAAGGGUCCCGCAGAGACUCCCUUCGAGGGCGGCGUCUGGAAGGUCCAUGUCGAGUUGCCCGACCAAUACCCCUACAAGUCGCCGAGCAUUGGCUUCGUCAAUCGAGUCUUUCACCCAAAUAUCGAUGAGCUGUCGGGCUCGGUCUGUCUUGACGUUAUUAACCAGACGUGGUCCCCGAUGUUCGACAUGAUCAACAUCUUCGAGGUGUUUCUGCCGCAACUGCUCCGAUACCCAAACCCCGCCGACCCCUUGAACGGCGAAGCUGCCGCGCUCCUUAUGCGAGAGCCUAAGAGCUACGAUGCUAAGGUGAAGGAGUACGUGCAAAAGUACGCUAGCAAGGAAGCCGCGGACGAAGCAGGAGCGGAAAGCGAAGACGACGACGACAUGUCUUCAGUCGCUAGCUUUGGCGACGAGGAGGAAGAACCCGCCGGCCAGAUGGAUGACGUGUAG